AUGCUCUUGUUGUGUUGCACGUAUCUGUCUAACCUGGCUGACCACCACCUGUCGUGUCGCGGGACCACCUCGCCCGCCACAUCUGAUACUGAAGAGGAAGGUUCUGGGAUAGGAUCGUCGUCGUCUGCUGCAGUUCCGGAUGAUUUAAGUCCAGAACCAGUUUCAACGACAGCAACUGCUUCAUUAAUUCAGAAAAGUGUAAUAACUGCCCCAAGUCCGGGGGGUCCUUCAUCCAGCUUAAGCGUCACUACCACCACCACCACCAGAGAAACAGCGAGCUCACCAGAGAAAGCCACCAUGUUUCUACUUCAACAGUCUGAGGGUGUUCCUUUUGCUGUCCUGAGUAGCCUCGUGGGUCCAGAGGACACCAUGCCGUUGUCCGAAGAGAGCUUUACAGGAGAGUCAUUCAAACUACCAGCUUUGGAGUUUGACGAACCUGUGGAAAGUUUUGAGGUGAUACCAGCGGUCAAAAGCUUGGAGGAUAUUUUACAGACAGAAUUCACUGCUAUGAUGACCUGUUCAGCCACCACAACUCCUUUGUCUGACCCCACCGUAAUGGUUACCGCAGCAAGCACUCUUCCCAUCUUUCAAGACGACCCCUCGGUAAUGGUUACUGCUGGAGGUAUCCUCCCCAGCUUUCAAGAAACGUAUUCUCCAAGGUAUCGCCGAGAGACGGCACAGUCAACGGUUUUCACCUUUAAGUACAAGGAAAUAUCGGCGGAACAACUUGAACCAACUAGUACGACGACUGAGAGCUUUCCGUCCUCGCUUAUUGGUUUAGAACCUUCAACCUCACCUUUCCCCUUCCAGCCUUCAGAGCCAAUGGGGUUUUACAGAACGAAAGAAUCGCCCCUUAUUUCCCCAGUCGCUCCAUUUCCCCAUGCUGCAUCUGCUACUUAUGUAUCCUCCAGUUACCCUAGCCCGCCAAUAACCCAGCAUGAGCCUACCUUUCUUCAAGUGGAACAUCUGAAACCCGAACAAACCCCCUCCUCCUCUACCCAACCUGAAGUUUUACAAACCUCCCAACUGCCUGAAAGUCCCACAUUCGGCUUAGAGAUCUCACAUCCAACUGAAGGAACGUCGCCAUCAACCAGUACCAAAGUUCGAAGACGAGCUUCUGUUACAAUUCCAAGUUGUAUAAUUCCUCAAGCAAGUCAACAGCAAAGCUUUCGCGCCCACUCCUCUCCAUCUACACCAACAACGAAAGAGCCCACACCCUCUACCUCCCAGCUCUGCGCAGUGUGUGGAGACAACGCCGCUUGUCAACAUUACGGAGUUCGAACUUGCGAAGGGUGCAAAGGGUUCUUUAAGCGCACAGUCCAAAAGGGGGCGAAAUACGUCUGUUUAGGAAACAAAGCUUGUCCUGUUGACAAACGGCGCCGAAACCGAUGCCAGUUUUGUCGGUUUCAGAAGUGUUUGACUGUUGGUAUGAACAAAGAGGUGGUAAGAUCACACACAUUAAAGGGUCGUCGUGGUCGAUUACCAUCUUCAAAAAAGGUGUGUCAGGAGUCGCCACCAUCGCCUCCUGUCACUCUUAUUACGUCGUUGGUGCGUGCUCAUGUGGAUACUUCCCCGGAUAUCGCGAACUUGAACUAUUCUAAGCUUCGAGAUCCGGGAUCAGCUGAAAGUAUGCCUUCAGAAGCUGAGCAAGUCCAACUUGUUUUCAAUCUGAUUACGUCAUCAAUCGAAAUCAUUCGGACCUUCGCUGAGAAAGUUCCCGGAUUUACGGAGUUCAGCAGAGAAGACCAAGAACUUCUGUUUCAAGCGGCUUUUCUGGAACUGUUUGUUCUCCGACUGUCCUACCGUAUGAAGAUGGAUGAUGAUAGACUGACUUUCUGUUGCGGAUUCAUUCUGCAUAAGGAAGAAUGCCGCCGAGGUUUCGGUGACUGGUUAGAUUCAAUAGUGGAAUUUGCCAAGAGUCUGCACGCUCUAGAAAUUGAUAUUUCAUCUUUCGCUUGCCUGUGUGCCUUGGUCUUAAUAACAGAACGGCAUGGCCUGAGAGAAUCUCAGAAGAUCGAUCAGCUACAAAUGAAGAUAGUUGGCGCUUUACGCGAUCACGUGACCUACAAUAUAGCAGCCCAAAGAAAAACAAAUUUAUUUUCUCACAUUCUGGGUAGAAUUCCUGAUCUCCGGUCCGUCAGCGUUCAAGGGUUUCAUAGGCUAUUCUACCUAAAACUCGAAAACCUCGUGCCUGUCCCUCCCCUUGUUAAUAGGCUACUGGGGUCCGGAGUUCCUCUCUGA